GGAGACGGUCUGAUCUACUUUGCUAUUGCAUUUUUGGCAAACUUGAUGGCGACGAUCUUCAUGCUCGUCAACUUGAAUGCAGUCCUGUCGAUCAUUGCGAAUGUCCCUGCUGCUAUCGCAUCAACGGUUUGCACAAAUGCAGUCUUUUGA